GGGGUGGGCGGGCAGCGCGGUGCGGUGCGGGGUGAUGGAGGCGUCGGCCCUCACCACCCGCGCCCGGGUUCACAGGGCCCACUGAGGCCCGCCCGCAGCCGCCGCCGCCAGAGCGCAGCCGCCGCUCGCCCGCCGCUGCCAGCCUCCACUGCAGGGACAUGGCCACGGAGCCCCCGCAGCCGGCGGGGCGCCCCGACGGCGGGCGCGGGUGCUACGCGGGCGGCGGGCGCGGCGAGACGGAGGAGGCCGAGGCCGCGGCCCAGCCGGUGCUCGGUGCUUCCCCGGGCCCCGCAGCGGCGGGGGGCGGCCGGCGGCGGGCGCUGAACGGGUGUGUGCCGCUGUCGCACCAGGUGGCCGGGCACAUGUACGGCAAGGAUAAAGGCGGCAUAUUGCAGCAUCCAGAUGGGACUGUCCUGAAGCAGUUGCAGCCACCACCUCGUGGUCCCAGGGAGCAAGAAUUCUACAACAAGGUUUAUGACUCCGACUGUUGUGACAGCAUUCUUCUGGAGCUGCGGGAAUAUCUGCCAAAAUACUUCGGUGUCUGGUCACCACCUACUGCACCAAAUGAUGCAUAUCUAAAACUGGAAGAUGUGACCCGUAAGUUUAACAAGCCUUGCAUAAUGGAUGUAAAAAUAGGUCAGAAAAGUUACGAUCCGUAUGCUUCAGCAGAGAAGAUACAGCAGCAGGUCAGCAAGUACCCGCUUAUGGAAGAGAUUGGCUUUUUGGUUCUUGGAAUGCGGGUGUACCACRUGUCUUCGGACAGCUACGAGACGCAAAACCAGCACUAUGGAAGGAGCUUGACCAAGGAAACAGUAAAGGACGGCAUCUCAAAGUUUUUCCACAGUGGGUACUGCUUGAGAAAAGAUGUGGUAGCUGCCAGCAUUCAGAAGGUUGAAAAGAUUUUGGAGUGGUUUGAGAGCCAGACACAACUCAACUUCUAUGCAAGCUCAUUGYUGUUUGUCUAUGAAGGUUUGUGUCAAGCGACAACUAUGCGGUUGAGUGACGUCACCUUGGCAGAGAAGAGAAGAGUGCCCAAAGGCGUGUUAUCAGGUGGAGAUGUAUUGGAGUAUAAUAAUAAUAUUAAUGUAAUAAAUUCUACAGAGAAUGGAAAAAUUGAAGCCUCUAUAAGUAAAGGCUUCUCUAAAUUUUAUGCACUUCACAAAAAGGCRUGYUCGAAGAGGCACCACASUCAGCUCUCGCUAGAAGUCAAGAACUCUGAGCAAGACAAUGUAUGGAAAAGCAGCUCGUGCAUUACGCAGGAGCACCUGAAUGGAAAUGUUCUACCCCAACUGGAAAAAGUUUUCUAUCACAUGCCAGCAGAGACCAAGGAAAGUGCAAAUGUCGAAGUUCGAAUGAUUGAUUUUGCUCAUGUGUUUCCUAGCAAGACAAAGGAUGAGGGCUACAUUUAUGGUCUGAAGAAUCUAAUCACAGUACUUCAAAAUAUUUUGGAUAACUAAAUUCUUUGCUAUGUUUUUUAUUGGGGGCCARUGAUAAAGAGCAACAACAUGAAGAAUUUCUGCACUUGUAUUGCUGUAUAACUGGGUUUGUAUUGUUCUAUAUUUUAUUUGUCUUUGUAUUUUUGGUAGAAGGGUUUAACUUUUUAUAAUUUCACUCAGGAAAAAUAUUGAUAGUURAUUAGGAAGUGUGAAAGGAUGAAGAUACUUGAGAUAAAGCAGGAUAGGUAAAUUAAUAGAAUGAAGUGUAUGUGUUUGGCUUAAGUCCAAGGACUACCAGAAGCAAAGGUUAUGUUAGUUCCUCUAAUGACUUUAGCAUAGAUGACCUUUUCACCCACUUAGCCUUGACACUGAGUCGYAUUUCCAUUAACAGGUGUUUAGGAAAUUGACUGAAAGUUGAAAGGUGCAGGAUUGAUGUCCUCAGUACUGCCCUUGUGUUUACUUGYAUUUGAAUAACUGGAGUAACCCUGCUUGGAGAGAAAUCCCAUGCUGAUUCGGCAGUCUCACCUGAAGCCAGUGCAUCCYGAAGUGCUUUUCCAUGUCAUGGGACAGUACUGCUGUUCUUUCAGCCCUUCCCYCCUGGAGGAUGUCUGUAGCUGAUGUUCACCACAGAUGAGCUACCACGUAAUUUGUGUUGAGGUGCUAGGAAAAUGCUGGAGUGCAAUACCUUAACAGGCUUAAACUGCACAACUUCUAGAGAAACUGUUCGUUCCUAAGAACGAGUGAAAGAAUGGAAAUGCAAGAUGUUUCAGGAACUAAUUUAGUUUGGGAGAUCAUGUCAAUCUGUAAAUGGAGUGCCUGAUGCUAUGAUUGAGGGAAAUGCCUCACUCCAUUGUUCUUAUGGCCCUUCUCCAACAACAUUGCUUUAAAAAGCAAACUAAUGGAAUGGGAAAACAAGUGUUUUCAGUGAGCGUACUGAGAUCUCUGYUGACAGUCAGCCACUUGCAUUUUUGCAGCGAGCAUUCGAUGCUUCUACUACUUGGGAGUACUGACUGGAGCCACAAGCAAUACAGACAGAGGAGCCUCCUGUGAAAUUCAGCCUUGGAGCCAUCAAGCUGUGCCACCGCUUGUGCCAGUGGAGCUAGGCUCUCCCACCCUGGGCUGCAACCACCACACGUUUCUUUAAUGACACACAAGCAAGUUGUGUAAUUUGAAAGCUGUCCCAUUUCCUUCCUUUUCACAAUAAAAAAAUCAACUUUUGUAUGGAAUACUGGAGAUCAGGAUGAUGUAUCCAAAGCGUUUUUGGUGUGUCUCUUCUGUAUGCUGUGUAYGUGGCUGUGCUGCCAUGCAUAUUACAGUGAGCUGUAUGAAAAGUGGAACAGAGGAGUCUUGCCAUCUCUAGAACAAGAUUUUAAUGCUUAAAGCAUUUCSAGGAGGAAUGGAUUUGGAUUUGGUUUUAGAAUGGAUUUGGUCAUUGGAAACAUAUGUCUUUUUCAUGUGGACUUUGUGACCCUGUGGCCUUGCUGCUCUCUCUGUACAAUGUUUUGCACUAUGCACCUCAGCUAUGUACACAUCUUGACAAGUUCUUCAUUGGACAUCUGUUUUCUGCCUAACAAAGAGAUUAAUACUUUUUCAAGCAAAUAYGCUGUUUUAAAUAAAGCUGAAUUUUUAGCUCUGUUUGAAAACUGGGGUUAAUUGGGAGAAACAGGGUAUUACUAUGUGUAGAAUUACUUGCUUUAAACUUUAGAGCUCAUAUUGGCCAGCACAUUCAAGACUGAAACCAAACUUUUAGUAACAUGRUGUUGUAGAAGUAUGGGAAAAGUGGCUUGCAGGAGAGGUAAUACCAGUGUGUUAAAAAUGUGUGAAUUACAGCGAGGGCUGAGGGAAAAAGUACCAGUAAGAGAGGGAUUUUUUUUCCCCCUGGUAUUGCUCUUGCACCAUAUAGUUAAUAUAUUCCCAACUCUCUGUGAAUUAAUUUAAGCCAUAUUGUGAAAAGAGUUUGUGGGGUUGUUUGCUUUGUCACUGGUUUCUCUAUUAUGAUUUUGUUGUUCUAUCCCAUGAAUAGUCAACACUAGACUAGUCCAGAUUGCUAGUGGCCUCGUAUGAUAAAAGUUACAAGGAAUUUAGAAAAUAUGGGCAAAAACAUGUUAACAUCAUCAUUUUUGUCCUCUUUAAUUCAUCUUUUCUGGAGAUUUUAAUCCAUUUUGUGCCAGAGAAAUCAGGCAUUUGCCUCAAGUCAGUUAUUGGAAAAUGAACAGUAUACACUUAGUACCACACACUCUCCUGUCUCUGCUUUAAGAUACAUGUCUCAGUGCUCUUUAAUGCUCUUUAAGUGUUGAUUGUUUUGUUGGCUAUGGCAGUGUUUGUAAUGUGCCWGGAAUAUUGUCAACCUGUCAGAAUAUUUUUGAAUAAAAAAAGUAAUUUUAUCAUGGUUUUUGUACCAGUAGUUAUUAUGAAUGUAUUUCUGUUAAAUUAAAAUGUAGCUUGAAAAAUAACAGUAUUUUUCAUUGGAAGUUGUAUAAAUAAAGCUUGCUUUGGGGGUGUUUGGGCAUAGUACCAAUUGUGAGUUUGAGCCUGUGGAGGCCUUAUAUUUACAUUGUUCUUGCACAUCUUAGACUUGGUGUGUCUAGUGUCUUGUAUCUGAGCUGAUUGUUUUCAGUUACAAUUGGAGAUGUAUUCACAGAAAUCAUUAAACAGAAUGUAAAAUUAAUUAUAAGAUUAAGAGGCAGGCAAUGGGUCACUGAGCUGAUGUGCUCUCAGUGACUGAUCUCCCUCUCUCCCUUCCAGGAACRUCCCUUUUGUUCUCUGGACAAAGUCUAAGGGACAGAUAACCAUUACAUGGAAAUCUUUACAGGAAUGCUUACAAGGCUUGUAGGUGUUUAUGUCCCAUAAUACCRUGGGUGUCCGCCCCAGACUAGUGUGUAGCUGGAUGCUAGGGCUGCUGAGGAAACUGAUGAUUUUAAGCAAUAAGAGUUUGGUUUAGCAGAGCUGGCUCUCAAAAGGGAAGUCACUUGCGGACUCUGAGAAUCUAGGCACCUUUGUGCCUAGGGGAUGUGARAACUGUGCACAGGCUUACCUAAGGAGAACUUGAGUUGUGCAGCGUUUUAAGAAAAGCAUUUACAAAUGUGUUUUUGGAUAUGGGUGAAAUUUGUUGCAUAAAUUACACUGAAAAUUACUAUACCUCUAUGAAAUAUUUAAAAUGUUUUAAUCAAUUUGUUUUAUGAACUGAACUGGAGACUUUAGUUGUGGUUGGUGAUUCUGAUGAAACUUACACUGUUUUGUUUCCUUCUACUGUAAUGCRUAAACAGAGUGUUCUUUUCCAUAAUCUCACAGUUUCAUGGAGAAUUUUUAAAKGUACUCAGUGAAUAAGGAAAUCACUAAUUUCCGUUGAUUUGAUUAACAGAGAGCAUAUGUUCUUUAAAUAUUUCAGUGCAUGUGRUAUUGUAAGUAAUGCUAACAUGUUACAAAUCUAGAACCCCAGUAAAACCUCACCUCCAGAGAGCUCCUGAUCCGAGCCUGGAUUGUGCAGAGUUUAAAAUGGGCCUUCUCGGGUGUAACGGCAGCAGAGAAGGGAURGUGUCACCUGUGCUGACCAUGUGAGGUAUACAGGGGUGUUCACAUCAUGAACCUAAAAUCAUUGGAAUKACUUACUUCCUUCAUUAUAUGAAGCAUACUGACUGGAAGGGUGGAGACUCUCAUCCACAUCUGCUGUUUAAAGUUAGGAUUAGUUGUUCAUCCUCCUAAUUACUUUAACUUUUUUUUUUUUUUCCACAUGCACUUCCCUCCCCAGUGCUGCAUUUUGGCUCUUGUCACAGGUGGCAUCAUGAUGGGAAUUUGUAUUUCYUAAAAAGUUUAUGCCCUGUAACUCCUCUUGAAGUGCCACUACUGAAAACCACCAUAAAAAAUACCAAAUGGUAUGUAAAUGCACUCUUCCCUGAAAGAGCAGGAGUGGACGCUGGUGGAGAGCACACUUCGAUGGGAGACUGGAUUGUAGGCUUUCUGAGAGUUCUUUACUUGUGAGUUGAAGUGGAUGUUCUGGGGCAAGGUGAGUGGCAGUCAAACUGUGUAGAGAUUUUCUUCCCUCACUACAUUUCAUGUGGAGGUUUGGGUUGAAGGAGGUAGUGCAGCAGGGAGCAGUGAGAGUUCCUAUGGAGCCCUGAGCAGCAUACUGGGUCUAUGCUGUAGCGCAGAGAAUGGCUACAGGURAGAUCCAAAGGCUGCAUAUCUUCCRGUGUCUCAGGGAGAAAGUGCCAURUGUAUUCAUUGGGUUAAAAUGGGAUGUUUUCUGGGGAGUGCAUUCAUCUCCAUAGCCAUGGGCCAAAUCAUGCCUGUUCCUCAUGUUCACAGUAAUCUGUUAGUGGAAGCUGUAGUAGGAAAUUGUCAUCCAAAGGGCAAAUGUGUUUGAAAGGGGAAAAUAAGCAAACUAAGUGUUGUACAGCAGAAAACAYGUUUCAAUAAAUAUAUCUUACUCUGAUGUUUUGUGGAGAUGGGCCCUGUGGAUUUGGAAUUUAAUUUGUUACGUGACAUUCAGUAGCAAAGUCAGAACAAAAGUACUUCAAAACACCUUCGUUUGGAUUGUGUACAUUGGUGCGAGUAGUUAUUUUGAUUCAUAGGUCACUUUUUAAAAAGGAAAAUAACUUCCAAAUAUGAUGUGUGUUGCACCUGACUAAAUGAAACUAYAGUGCACAAAGGCACUUUAAUCCUCUGGGAACUGUACUGGACAGUAGAUGAAAGCAUGUGAAAUUAUACCUGAUGCUGUGUUAAUUGUUUUUGAAGUUUAAAGUUCUACAUUCAUUAUGCUUGAUGGAUGAAUGUGUCUAGUCUGGUCUCAGUUUCUUUGAUCCAAGUGUCUAAAGCUGUCCCUCAGUCUCCUCUGAUCUGUAUGUGUUAGUAAUUUCAUUUGCUAUUUUCUGACAUUUUUGGACCGCAGGGGUUAUUGUUAAUAUUACCCAUGUUUAUUUUAUAGAACAUUGUACUAUGCUAUCUACCAACUUUUGUAACUUAAUUAUUAGUGAUAUUUAGGGUCAUUCUAAUAGUUGUAUAUUUGGCAAAUUAUUAAAAUUUUCUGCAAGUGA